AAGAUGAGCACGAUGUUGAAUCCAAAACAAAUAAACAGGUUCGUGAACAAAGAGAUUCUAGAGGGAGAAAGAAGCGAAAAAUUUCAGAAGAAAAAGAUACAGAGCAACUAGCUCCAAGUUCAGUAGCUGAGCAAUUAUCUCCAAGUGCAGCAGUAGUCAAGCCACCGGCUCCAAGUG